AAUGAUGAUCCAAGAAAAAUCGUUGAUCAAAAGGAACCGACUAGACAACCUAUUCGAUUACCAUCAAAGCCUUAUUGGGUAGAUAAAAUCCCUGACGAAGAAAAAGGCGAUAAUACCCAUUCAUGGCCAGUUCCGAACCAAAAAUUGGAUAAUUUAGAUAGUUCCUCCAGUGCCUCUAAAUGUGAUUCCGAUGACACAAAUUUAGUAAACAAUUAUUUGACACCUCCAUUCACUUACAAGGCAGAUUUUCGUUACGCUGAUCAUUAUCCAAGAAUCAGUCGUCCACGUUCAUUCUAUCCCAGUAAAAAUAUGCUUGGGAGUACACGAAUCAGACAUAAAAUUAGCUACCCUUAUGACAAAACAUUGACACCAUCUUCACCCAGACAUUUUCAAAUCAAUAAUCAAACCAGUACAAACUCUUCCAGUUCACCUCCUUCUUCAUCGACAAUAACAGACAUAAAACAUAAUCUUGAUAAUGGUUGUAAAUCAGCCGCAAAUACUUUAACAAAAUUUAUACAAGCCAUUGGAUCAUUAAUUAUAGAAGCCACUAAAAAUUUUCUUGGGGCACCUAUAGUAAUUCAAUAUUUUGCUGACGGUACGGAUCCAAUUUUUUAUCAGGGAGCCGCUGCUUCUGAUGCCAAAAAAAUUGGAUACUCUCAGAGUGGGUUUUAUAUGUUACGUGAUUUUCAUCAAGAAGUCGAGGAAUAUCUUAAAAAAGAGUUCCCUACCUCUCAAGUUGAAAGCAAUGGCAAUGAUAAGAAGUGGACCGUUUCUAUCAGUAAUUUUAUUGAUGCGAAACAAGUCCAUAGGCACUUAUAG